AUGUACAAACUUUAAACCAAAAGGGUAAAAGCUGCUGCUGGGCAGAUGUGGACUUCAAAUCUCUCCAAGAUCCGACAAGCUCUUAAAAAUGUUUACCAUAAAUGUAAGAACAACCCAGAUUCAACUAGACAUCCAACUAUGACUUCCUAUAAUUUUGAUCAAGAUGACAUGAGUACUGAUGAAGAAAUGAAUCUUAUAGUAAUGCUCCAAGAUAUUAAAACUGCCCAAAUUGAACUCCUCAGUCAAAUGACUGACAUUCUCAGUGUGGUAUCCAAAAUGCAGGAAAAUACUGACUUUUAUCAGAAGCAGAUGGAAGCAGAAGAGAUACUGGAAACCAGAAUGAAUGUUAAUGAAGACAAACAAUGUACAGUAACUAAAGAUAUCUUCUCUACGAAGAAACACAUUGAUGCUUUAAAGAAGAAGGUAACAGAACUGGAAAGCCAGAAUUGUUGCUCCAGCAUACAUUGUUUAGAAGUUCUGGAAGGAGAACUUCUGGGUAAAGAGAUCGUAGAACAACUUCACAAACUCAUACAACCAGAAACUUUGAAGAACACAUUGGCUUCUACACACGACAGAAUCUCUUCAGUAGAACCAGAAAAAGUGCCCAGUUGUCCUGAGCCCACUGAUCAUUUUGAGAAGAAAACAAUUUCCUCCAAAACUAAAACUCCGAAAAAAAGUAACGACCAAAAUGCAUUAAGAAGCCUUAGAAAACCAAAGUCAAAUAUUUAUAUUUAUCCAGACUUUAGUACAUGGAUCAAGCUAACUUUUGUCCAUGAAGGAAAGUGGAGAUUUUUCCUCAAAGCUACCAAGUUACAGGAAUUCAUCCAGGGGCUUCUUUCUAAGCCAACCAUCCCUCCUGAGGAACCACAACUCAUAACCCAGAGAUAUUGUCUCUUCACUGGGCCUAUUGCGAGUUUGACAGCAUUCUGUCUGUUUUCAACUACGUUUAUUGUCUUUUUGGUUUCUCAAAAGAGGAAGUAA